ACACUUUUUCUUGUCUCUGACAUCUUGUGAUCACAAGACUUCUCCGAUUUGAGUUUUCUGUCAAGGCAGAAAUUGGAGAAAAAAAGGCCGUCCCUUUUGGGAUCUUCAGGUUUAACAGCUCCAAUUGACCCUAAAACUCCAUCAAGAUGAGAUACUUUCUGACUUACCUGUUUGUGCUGCUGUUGUCGCUCGCCAUACCCAUAUUUUCGUUGUACUACCUUCUUAAUGGAAAGGGUGAGCAAAUAAGCUUCGGAUGGUUCCUGGAGAAUACAUCCCCCUACAUGUGGGGAACGCUGGGAAUAGCUUUCGCCGUCUCUUUCUCAGUCGUCGGUGCUGCGAUGGGCAUUCACACAACCGGAGUGAGCAUAGUUGGAGGAGGUGUCAAAGCACCAAGAAUCAAGACUAAGAACUUGAUCUCUGUUAUCUUCUGUGAGGCCGUGGCUAUUUAUGGAUUAAUUACGGCUAUCGUGCUUUCUGGUAUGCUGGAACAGUACAGAGAACCAUUCUUGGACAUCGCUAUCAAGCAGCAGAAUUGGAUGGCUGGUUACGUGAUGUUUGGCGCUGGAUUGGCCGUGGGGCUGGUGAACUUGUUCUGCGGUAUUUCUGUAGGUAUCGUUGGGUCUGGAGCUGCGCUUGCUGAUGCCGCCAAUGCUGCCCUCUUCGUUAAGAUUCUCAUUGUAGAAAUCUUUGGGUCAGCUAUUGGUUUGUUCGGGCUUAUUGUAGGCAUUUACAUGACAUCAAAAGUCAAAAUGGGCAACCAGUAACUUAAGAAGAAAGUUAUACUUGAAAAUAAGAUGUAAAGAAGCACUGAACUCUUCUGCCCAAAUUUUGACCUGGAAACCUGCCUCCGUCAGUGCUCAUAACAAAAUUAAUCCAAAAAAGCAACUUUAUGCUUUGAAGUUUUCAAUAACUGUUGAACUUGUAUAUUUCUGAAUUUUCUGUUUCUGUUAUUGUGUUUCUAUAUUUUAUUUGAUUACUACUGUUUGGAAUGUAUUUGCUCUUAGCACAAACCCUUAAAAUAUGUCUAUAGUUUUAAUUUUUACAAAAAAUAGUUGUAAACACAAAGUAAGUGAAUUAGUGCAUUGCAAACCCAUUUUUAUCUAUAAUAUAUGAAAAUUUAAGCUUAAUCUUUAUCGUGCUAAGAACAGAAUAUUUAAUCGGUAAUGUAUUGGAGUGUUUCUAGACUAUGUCAUUAACAAUAGAGUAUGUGUUUUAAAUGCCAUAUCAGUGCCCUAUCAUUAAAUUGACUAUAUAUAUUGUGCAUUGUGAUAUAAAGACCUCAUAGUAUUUAUUUAUCAGUGUUACCAGGUAACAAAAACAUUGAAAUAUGCACUUUUGUAUGUAGUCACUUUGUAUAAGGCUCAAACAUUCCAUGAAAUGUUCAUACAACAUUUGUGAAAGCUUUGAUUGGUAUACCCUGUGUAUAUAAUAUGACACAUAAAGUAAAUAAAAUAUUUUCCUAUUGAGAUUUCAGUAAUCAAUUUUAUCUUAAAGAUUUGAAUGUCUCAUGUCUAGAUAUGUAAAUGUUCUAUAAAUAUUACUUAAUAACACAAACGAAAUGUUGUUAAAAUUAUCAAUUGUACUAUUUCCAAAUAAUUAAAUUUAUUUUUCAAGUAACACUUUCUUUAUUAAAAAACAAUGUGUAUUUUUUAUGCAAUUAUUUCAAUUUGUAAAUAUUAGUUUGCUUCCUCGUAUUUUAAAGAGUAACAUACUAAUUUAUUGUAUAUGUAAAUUCAUAUCCAUAUUAACUUAAAUUAGAUGUUAUGUGAAUGCCGUACUUUGUAAACGAAAAACGAUCGUCAGAGAUCAGACUGUGCUCACAUUACAGAACAAACUGUCGAGAAAGUAUUAUACGGUGUCAGCCUAAGUACUAUUUACUGAUGCGUUUAUAAGUUAAACAUAUUUGUGCAAAUGUAGAUAUUAUGUAUGUUGAUGAAUAAAUAGCUAAAAGUUU